CGCCGACAACGUCCAAAGCGCAGGCUGCUGGCUGAUCUCUCCUCUUUAUCCAAUUCGGCAGUCUUACAUUCCACUUCCUAUUAAUCUAUCCCGACUUGGGCAAUCGCAGCCAUGGCUGCCCCCGUCCUCCCUCUGCAGCAGGUCAAGCUGCCGGCGCUGCCCUCGACUCGUUUGACGCCGGAGCAACAAUAUUGGAAGACCUUCAAGAAUCCUCUCCUCAUCCCCUCGCCUGCCAAUGGCCCCGUCAACCUCAUCACGCAACCCUCCGCUCCCUCCUCUGCCUCCGCCUUCCCCUCCCUCACCCAACCUCCCGAUGUGUUCACCGUGACCACCGGCGCCCGCGUCCAGAUCUACUCUAUCCGCACUCGCAAACUCCUCCGCACAAUCACCCGCUUCGAUGAUACGGUACGAGGCACAGAUGUUCGUCCCGACGGACGAGUCAUCGCCGUCGGUGAUGACUCUGGUACGGUGCAGGUGUUCGACGUGAGCUCCCGUGCCAUCUUGAAGACAUGGAAGGACCACAAGCAGCCCGUCUGGGUCACGAAAUUCUCCCCCAGCGACCCUACAUGCGUCAUGACCGCCAGUGACGACCGGACGGUACGCCUGUGGGAUUUGCCCAGCGAGAACAGCCAGAAGGUCUUCACCGGCCAUACCGAUUACGUGCGCAGCGGUGCAUUCAUGCCAGGAUCUCUAGCCUCCUCUGGCCUGGUGGUCUCCGGUAGUUAUGACCGGACCGUGCGACUGUGGGAUCCUCGUGUCGAAAACCGGUCCGCAAUGACAUUCAAGAUGGGCGCAGCCAUCGAGACGGUGCUGCCCAUGCCCACGGGCACGACGGUGCUUGCGGCGGCCGACAACAAGAUCGCGGUGCUGGAUAUCGUGGCCGGCAAGCCCCUGCACAUGAUUCAGAGCCACCAAAAGACCGUCACAUCGCUGGCGCUGGCGUCGAACGGCGAGCGCCUGCUCUCCGGUGCGCUGGACGGCCACAUGAAGGUAUUCGAAACGACCGGCUGGAACAUGGUCUCGGGCUCCAAGUACCCGUCCCCCAUUCUCUCACUGCGCGCGAUCACAUCGGGCAUCGCCCAGGAGGAUAAGCACAUUGCCGUCGGUAUGCAGUCCGGUCUGCUGUCAAUCAAGACCCGGCUGUCCGGACAGCAGAAGAUCCGCGAGCGCGAGCGUCGCAAGGAGAUGCAGGCGCUGCUGGAGGGCAAGCUGGAGGAGCACGACCGGAAGGCAGCCAAGCAGAAGAAGCAGCGCGGAUCCGGAUGGGAGAAGCGUCUGCGCGGACAGGACUUUGUCGGUGAGGGCGUGGACAUUGUGAUCGAGGGGCGGGACCUCAAGAAGCGGAAGAAGGAGCAGCCGUGGGAACUCGACCUGCGCAAGGCGAAGUACUCUGCAGCCCUGGACCAGGUGUUGCGGUCGAACGACAAGACGGCACAAUUGACGCUAUUGACGGCGCUGCGGCAUCGGUCCGCGCUGCGGGCGUCCCUGCAGAACCGCGACGAGGUGACGCUGCAGCCGGUGCUGCAAUGGGUGCACAAGAACAUCACGGAGCCGCGACUGGUGCAGCUGAGCGUGGAGGUGGCGAUGAACGUGCUGGACAUUUACUCGGGCAACCUGGGCCAGUCGGCGCAAAUCGACAAGAUGGUGGAGCGCUUGCACCGACGAGUGCGCGACGAGGUGGAGAUGGCGCAUCAAGCGUACCAGACGAAGGGAAUGUUGGAGAUGCUUGCUGCGUGAGCAGGCAGAAACAAUACAAAAAGCAUAGUUACUACUAUUGGAUACCUGGAUGGAGUUUGGUGGCUACAUAGAUGAUACAUACAUGCA